UGCCCAUCAGUGCCAUAUCAGUGCCACAUAUCAGUGCACACCAGUGCACAUCAAUGCCACCCAUCAGUGCCAGUCUGUGCCACCUAUCAAUGCCAAUCAGAGCCACCUACCAGUGCUGCCAAUCAGUGCCACCUAUCAGUGCCAGUCAGUGCUGCCUAUCAGUGCACAUCAUUGCCGCCUAUCAGUGCCUGUCAGUGCCGCCUAACAGUGCCAGUCAGUGCCGCCUAACAGUGCCAGUCAGUGCCGCCUAUCAGUGCCAGUCAGUG